ACGCUAAAUAGGUUAGCUUCCAGGUUUUCAGGUUAAUCCAGGCUAUGCUCUUGCCUUGAAAUUAUGGCAUCGCUCCUUGUGAAUAUCCCAUUGAUCGGAUUAUUUGCCUGCGUCUUUUCCGUGAUUUUACUUGUACCUGCCAACGAAAGCGUGCUACUGUCGAUGCGUGCUAAACAAGCGUCAAAAUACCGUCCCGUUGUUAUCGUACAUGGAAUUCUCGAUCACGCAUUGGAGCUCAUCCAUCUUCAGCUCAACAUCCAAAAAGCCCAUCCUGGCACGGAUGUCUAUCUCAUCCCUUUAUACCAGUAUAUCAAAAGCGCCUGGCCGAUGUGGACGCAGGUCACCGGAUUUGGUGACUACAUCCGCAACGUAUCCGAUGCGCAUCCGGACGGGAUCAUCCUCAUUGGCUACAGCCAAGGCGGCCUGAUUUGCCGCGCGGUCAUUCAGGUGUUAAACAUCCACACGUAUAUUUCCUUAGCAUCUCCUCAAAUGGGACAGUACGGGGACACCAAUUAUUUAUAUUUAUUCCCAAACUACAUGAAAGACAACCUGUACAAGCUGCUGUACUCGCGAUUCGGGCAAACGUUUAGCGUCGGCGGAUACUGGAAAGAUCCGCACCAUUAUGACCUUUAUCAGUCCACCAGCACGUUCCUGCCCGUCCUGAACAACGAGACCCUGGUGCCCAGUCCCAACAUGACGCUGUACCGGCGCAACAUGCUCCGUCUGAAGAAGUUCAUCAUGAUCGGCGGACCGGAUGACGGCGUGGUGACCCUCUGGCAGUCGUCGCAUUUCGGCUUCUACAACGAGAACGAGACGGUGGUGCCGUUCCGGCAGCAGGAAAUAUACCGGCGCGACUCCUUCGGGCUGCGGACGCUGGAUAAACGCGGUGAUCUGGUCAUACUGGAGAAGGCCGGUGUGCACCAUACGCAGUGGCAUGUUGAUCCCAUAGUGUUUCGUGAUCUGAUCGAACCCUGGCUGAGCUAACGAUAAAAUUAUUUGCAAUGUAUUAUGAAGGUAGAAAUCUUUUGUUUCUAAAACGGAUAAAGCGCGGCAUCUGUUAAUUCCGUAGUUAACUUGUUGUUAACGGAUUGUACAUGCACCAGUAACUGUAUGGUAAAAUUAUUAUACUCUGUUUGAGUGCGUUCAAUUUUUUCCCUUUGUAAAAAGCGAAUUAAGAGUAUUACUUUAA